AUGGCUCCCCUGACUCGCUUCCGGUCCAAUGAAGAUUAUGUUCCAAUCCCGGCAGCGAAAGAAUAUUACACCCAGCGAGCGUCCGUCCCAGGAACUUUGAUCAUUGCCGAAGCAACCUAUAUCAGCCCAAAGGCCGCCGGGUAUCCCAAUGCGCCAGGCAUCUGGAGCGCGGACCAGAUAAAUAGAUGGAAAGAGAUCACCGACUCUAUAUGGGCUCUCGGGCGAUCUUCAGACCCGGAAAAUUUGAAAGCAAAUGGGUUCGACUUUGUCUCCAGCAGUCCGGUACCAAUCCAAAAAGGCGAUCCCGUUCCGAGGGAGCUGUCCGAGACUGAGAUCCACGAAUAUAUUGUGGACUUCGCUCAAGCUGGACGCAACGCGAUCGCCGCGGGCUUCGAUGGUGUGGAGUUGCACGGUGCCAACGGCUUUUUGAUCGAUCAGUUUACCCAGGAUACCUGCAAUCAGCGGACCGACUCGUGGGGCGGGAACAUCGAAAAUAGAACGAGGUUCGCGGUGGAGGUCACACGCGCAGUGGUUAAUGCUAUCGGCGCAGACAGAGUGGCCAUCAAACUCAGUCCUUGGAGCGCGAGUCAGGGAAUGAGAAUGAACAGGGUAACGGAGCAGUUUACGCAUCUGAUUAGCCAACUCAAAGACCUGAAGCUGGCAUAUCUCCAUCUUACGAACCCCAGGGUUUCAGUCGAAGAUGAGCCACUCGUUCCAGCAGAGGAAACUGCAACAGACGAAAAUGCGCCGUUCAUUCAAGCUUGGGGAAACAUGAGCCCUGUGCUGUUGGGAGGUGGAUAUUCAGCAGAGUCUGCCAAGAGGGCGGUUGAUGUUGAGUACCGAGAUCACGAGAUUGGAACGGUGUUUGGGCGAUUCUUCAUUUCCAACCCAGACUUGCCUCUUCGGGUCAAGGAGGACAUCCCGUUUACACGUUAUGAUCGAGAUACGUUCUAUACUCCGUUAUUAGAGAAGGGGUACGUGGAUUACCCCUCUCAUGAACCGGUUCAGGCACAGACCUGA